AUGGGGAAAGCAGUACAGUGGCCACCGAAAUCCAGUAAACCCGAAUCAAAAAAGGAUCCCUCCAAAUGGUGUGACUUCCAUGCCGACAUCGGUCACACUACCAACGAAUGCGUGGCCUUAAGAAGAGAGGUGGCUUACUUACUGAAGAACGGAUACCUCAAGGACGUUACGCCAGACAAAGCUCGUGGCGCCGUCAACAAAGACAACUCCAACUCCCCUUCUCGACCUCCUCCGCCUUCUCCUCAUACUAAAACUAGACACGCUCGAGAAAAUGAGAUAGAUAGACUAGCCCGAGCCGUAGCCGCAAAGUAUCUAACCCCAAUAUCUUUUGACGAAUCUGAUGCAGGGGACAUUUUGGAUAAACAUCACGAUGGUCUGGUAAUAUCCAUCCCUGUUGGAAACUGCAUGAUCAAACGAGUCCUAGUCGACAAUGGUAGCUCCACCAACGUUAUGAUGCUCGACGCCCUCAAGGAGAUGGGGCUCAACCCAGAUACGGGUGUCGUCAAAAGGUCCACGGUGUUGGUAGGAUUCAGCGGCGAAGCAAAGACCACCUUUGGAGAAGUCACCCUACCUGUUUACGCCCAAGGGAUCAACCAACAGGUAAAGUUUUGUGUUAUUGAUUGCCCUUCGUCUUACAACAUUAUUUAUGGCAGGCCUUGGAUUCACGACAUGAAGGCCAUCCCAUCGACAUACCAUCAAACCAUCAAAUUCCCGACUCGAUGGGGGGUUCAGGAAAUCAAAGGGGAUCAGCAAGAAUCCAAAGAAUGUUACAAGGCAUCCUUAAAGCCCUCAGCCACCAACAAAUCCUCCUUAUAG